AGGAGCGCGUGCAGGACGGCACCGGGGCUUCCCUUUCUGUCUGAUGGAGACGGGCUGAGGAAGGACCAGGUCCCGGCCACCUCGAGAACCCUGGGGGAAGGACUCCGCUUCUGUAAAACCAGGGGAGCGGACACCAGAAAAGGGGAGACACGGGGGAGAUUCUCCAUCAGCUGAAGGUCUCCUGCCUCUCUUCCAGGGCGUGUCUCCGGGAUUGUGUUAAACAUGCACCCUCCCAAGAGUCUGUAGCUUGUAGAGCCAAGAGGAGUGUUUAGUGUGUGUCUGUGUGUUUGUGUGUCUGUGUGUUUGUGUGGUUGUGUUUUUGUGUGCGUGUGUGUGUGUAUACUUGAAGUGCAGAGAUGAGUUCGGUGGGAGCAGAGCGCCGCAGGCCUACGCCAGCCCAGACGCCCGAAGAGAGGGAUGUGUGGCGGGAUGGAGGAAGAGCUGGAUGGAGGGAUGUGGGGAGGGAGGGCUGGAGGGAGGGAAGAGAGAGCGGCGUGGUGCAGAGCUACAGCUUCGACUCGUACCAGCUCGAGGAGGAGGACAUCAAUAAAGACGCCCCGGAGCGAGGAGUGCUGGCUCUGUCCGAGCCCGACUUUGAGGAGCCGAUCCCUGACGACCGUUACCAUGGCAUCUACUUUGCAAUGCUAUUGGCUGGAGUGGGUUUCCUGCUUCCCUACAACAGUUUCAUAACCGACGUGGACUACCUGCACCACAAGUUUAAAGGCACGUCCAUAGUGUUCGACAUGAGUCUGACGUACAUCCUGGUGGCUCUGUUGGCUGUCAUCCUCAACAAUGUGCUGGUGGAGAGACUCAGCAUGCACACCAGAAUUACUGUGGGUUACAUCUUAGCUCUGGGGCCGCUGGUCUUUGUCAGCGUGUUUGAUGUCUGGCUGGCAAAGUUCACCACCAGGCAGGCUUACAUCAUAAACCUGGUGUCAGUGGGAGUGGUAGCCUUCGGAUGUACAGUGCAGCAGUCCAGUUUCUAUGGUUACAUGGGGAUGCUGCCCAAGAGGUACACACAGGGAGUGAUGACUGGAGAGAGUACAGCCGGGGUGAUCAUCUCUCUGUCUCGCAUCUUCACAAAGCUGCUGAUCACAGACGAGAGGAGGAACACGCUCAUCUUCUUCCUUGUCUCCAUCAGCAUGGAGAUGCUCUGCUUCCUGCUUCACCUGCUGGUGCGGCGCUCCCGAUUCGUCCGCUACUACACAAACCACGCCCAGGGUAAAGGCCCGGGGAAAGGUCAUGACCCGCGCGACAACGGGACUGGAUACAGGGUUCACCACGAUGUCACUGCAGAGGAAGUAAGAUUUGGAAAUGGUGGGACAGGACCGGUCUCUACAGAAGAAGGCACUGAGGACUUUGCGGGUGGUACCUAUGUACGAUUUGAUGCCCCAAAAGCCAAGAUAAGGAGGAGCUGGCCCGGUGUCCGCGACAUGAUCUUGCAUCGUUACGUGGUGUCCCGUCUGAUCUGGGCCUACAUGCUGUCCAUAGCUGUGACCUACAGCAUCACCCUGUGUCUGUUCCCUGGGCUGGAGUCAGAGAUACGAAACUCCACCUUAGGGGAAUGGCUCCCUAUCCUCAUCAUGGCCACCUUCAACAUGUCGGACUUUGUUGGGAAGAUCUUGGCAGCGCUGCCGUACGACUGGUCCGGAGGCCGCCUGCUUUUCUUCUCCUGCCUCAGGGUGGUCUUCAUCCCUCUGUUUGUUAUGUGCGUGUACCCGGCCAGUGCGCCCACCCUGUCCCAUCCCGCCUGGCCCUGUCUCUUCUCCCUCCUCAUGGGAGUCACCAAUGGAUACUUCGGGUCAGUGCCAAUGAUUCAGGCUGCUGGCAAAGUGCCGCCCGAGCAGAGGGAGCUGGCAGGGAACACCAUGACCGUCUCCUACAUGACAGGCUUGAUGGUGGGCUCCGCUGUGGCGUAUGCAGCUUACAGCUUCACCGCUCCAGGAACAGCAACGCGCUUCUCCACGCUCAACAUACACACACCUGUCAACGGAACAGGGUACUGAAUGUCUACACACAAUUAAAACACACACACACACAAAAAGAAGUGGAAGUAAAGCCACAUACAUGUACACACACCUGCAGCCAUUUACACACAUGAGAUCCUGGAUGUAGAAGCAGACUGAUAGACUCCUUUGUCCAAAUCAUGCUUUGAUUUGGCUCUUUGGCUAAAGGAAGUGGAAUAAGAGAAAAAAAAGGUGAAAUGUUAAACAUUUAAAACGUAGCAGAUUUCUUCACUCGCUCAUUCUCCACCCUGAUGAUCCAGUGACCUUCACAUGCUCCUCUGUGACGAACCUUUCCCUGGAGGUGAAGAAGAGGAGCUGUGCAUCUGUCAGCCCUGGCCCUGUCAGUGUCUCACUGCGUAAUUAUUGUCCACGUGUGCGAAUAAAUCGGCUGACAUUUGUACGGCGUAGAGUCGAGUGAUAUUUGCAGCGGGGAAUGAGCGGCGCACAGUUUUCGAGGAGACCUCGUGUCUACACUUCAGGACUACUCUGAACUCUCGCUGUUCAAAAUAGAGAUAUAUGAUGUCAGUGUGGAUUUUUCUGGACCAGUUGUCUUAGCUGUUUUCCUCAUUAUAAUACAAUUAUGACUGCUAUUUUCCAUCCAUGAUGAUUUGAUUUGGGUAAUGUUAUCAAAGUCCUCUGACUGCACCAUUUAAAAAUAACAAACGUGACUUUAAAGGAGCCCUGUUUAAUUCAUGGAGUUUUUAGCUUCUGUAAUGUGAUGUUUUUCCAAGUGUAACAGAAUAUGUGGACCCACAUGAGUAUAAUUAUGACAGAGAUCGAUAUAAUUGGAAAUACAUGCAAAGUUUUUGCCAACUGAGAUCCAAACACACACUUCACCCUUAGGUGUACGCCCCUGAGUUCAAGCUGAGUUAGCAAAAACUUUUUCUAAAUUUUACAGGAAAAGAGAAAAGAGGGAAUUUUAUACUGUUUUGUCUCUGUUUGGCUUGUUUGUCUCAUCUGAAAUGAAAAAGCUUCAGUUGUUUUUAUUUUCAUUUUUGUUCUUACCAGCCUUAUAUGUAGUAUAUCUUUUGAUUUACCUACAUUGCCCUUGUUACACUAAAACAGAUUUCAGUCCAUUUAAUGAGGUUCACAUACUUCGUGCCCCCUCUGAUGGCUGAGAGGAGAACAAAAUAUUGGUAUGGGAUUUUCGUAAGCGGUCUGUGUCCCCUCUUUGUCCCCCUGAACUGUGUCUGUGUUUAACUUCCAUGUAAUGAUGUGCGAUAUCAUGGGGGGAAAAAAAAAAACAAUUAGUGCCAAAAAGUCUGCCUGUUUCUGAUCAGUGUAAGUAGCUGACAAAAGAAUGAAUGUAAAGUUGUAAAUAUACAGAAUAAAAUGCACUCAAGGCAGUGAAGCCUCUAGAAAGUAUCAGAUUCAUAUCUUUUGUAGCUGUGUUUAGCAGAAGCGAUCCAGAAAGCACCUGUUUCCUUUUUUUUUUUCCAAAAUUGAUGCAGCUGCCGCCGUAACCUCUUAGUUCCUCCACCUUUCCUGUUGGAUUUGAUUAAUUUUUCAGCGAUGAGAGGAUCAGCAGAGUUCAGCGUUUAUGCAUUAUGAAGAAAACAGGCUUCAGUGUAGAAAGCCACGAAGUGCACUACGUGUAUUAUGUAGGUGAUGGCUUGAAUGGAGUCUACUUUCGGCACUGUUUGAAAAAUGUUAGAGUGCCAUUUGGGAGCUAACCUCAUUACCGUAUGUAUGUCCCGCUGUGCUGAUGGUGCCACACUGCCUGGGGCCUCUCUGCUCUCAGCAAGCUGCUGGGUUUGAAGGUGUUUUUAGUUAUUUCUGGUUGGAUGUGUUGCUAAAGGACAUGAAAAGUCUCUUUAUUCCUGUUUCUCUCUUUCUCUGGUAGAAAGCACAGAGCCAUUCUGAGAGAGGGGAGAUCCCACUUUUCAAAGAAUUGCGUCAUUUGAAACUUACAGGUGUAAUUUUCUGGAAACCACCACAGUGAGGUUCCAUGGCUAUGACUGGUUUAAACGUUAAACUGUUCAAUGGAGAAAAUCACACACUGAUGGUUUAAAACCACCACUUUCAAAUCUUAUUAAUAACCAACUGUAAGAACAAAUGUAUGGACACUGGAUUUUUCUUUCACUGGUGAAUAAUUUAUCCAUGAGUCUAAAAUGGGACCACCAAAAAUUACAGACUGCAGGGAGGUCAAAGGGCAGAGACACAGGACUCUGACAAAGUCACUGUGACAGAAGUGUGAGGAAAACACAUGAAAGAAGAGGCAGGAGGAAUAUUUAGAGAGAUGUUUUUGCCCAGGAUGACGAGGGAAAGUGACGCUGUGACUGUUCUGUCUCAUGCAGUGCAAACACACUGGCCUGUGGAAAAGAACUUCUGAUUCUGCAUUUUAUCUCAUCCCAACGAUCUCACAUUUGUCAACUUGCCAUGUGACUUCCUGUUUCUUUUCUUUUCUUUUUUUUUUUUUUAAUAUGAUGCUCAUUUUUCUCACCACUGACAGCAAAGGGUUUCUUCAGAAACCAUUUCAUACUGACUACUGUAGACUGCACACUGUGAAAUGUCAGUAUGGUGUAAAAAGAAUGGUGUUGCAUACAGAUGCUGUUUAUAUGUAUAUAUCUACUGUAACAUAAGAUAUUUUGCAGAUGUUAUUUGUGACAAAAGAAUAGUUUAAGUGUUUUAGCGAUUCAAAGUAAAAGAACAGGGUGCUCUGAGCUGAAUUUGGCACUACUGCAUGACAGGUGGGUGUCUAAUCAGCUUUUGAUGCAAAAUCCAUAUAUAUAUUAAAAAAAACAAAAGAUUCAACAGCCUGAUUAAAUUCAGCUCAUCGCCCUGAUUCUCCUGGCUACACCUGCCUGGUUAUUAUAUUAUCACAUGAGCUGAACUCUCACGGUUUAAUUCCAAACACUGUUUCUGCCAAAAACAAAAAUAAUAUUCAUUGCUUAACCUAUCAAAAAGAAACAAAUAUCACGCUCCAAAACCUGCUAAUUUGUCAGAGCAGGGGCAAAAUUCUCCAACAAUGUGAGCUAUGUUUGCUUUAUUUGUUGUAAAUAAUCUUUACGAUUUUAAGUUUAAGAUUUUCACAAAAGAGCCUGUUUGUGCCCAACGUUGUACCAUCAGCA